AAAAUCUAUACAUUUUCGUUUAAAACUUUAAGGAAAAAUGUUCAAACUUUUAGUUUUUGCUUUGACUUUAUCGUCUUGCUUGGUAUUUAGCUUGACCGCCGGUUUGCCGUCACCACCGGAAGUGGCGAAUAAGACUUACACUGUCGUAUUUACCAAUAAAGUAAAUUGGUACAAAGCAGAACAAUUGUGUAAUUUUAACAAGAUGACUUUGGCCACCGUUGAUUCUAUUGAGGACAGCGACAAUUUAAGUGAUCUUCUCGACGAUAAGGGUCUUACUUCGAGUACUUAUCAAUUUUGGCUCGGUGGAACUGAUAAUGCACUUACCGGUGAUUGGUAUUGGUUUGGCACUGGCGCUCCAGUCGUAUAUACUAGCCCGUGGUUAACAGGCAAGCCUGGCAAUGCAAACAAAAAUGAUCAUUGCAUGUCCUUGCAGGAUGGUGAUUCUUGGACUGUAACUAAUUGCGCCAAAGAAUUAUACUUUAUAUGCCAAAAUCUAUGUUAAAUAAUAUAAAAUAUUUUGUGAAAAUUUUUCACAAAUGAAAAUUGAAUAAAUU